AUGGUUCCUCCAAAGAACAAUCAGGCCCCUAAGAAGGAUAAUAAGGCAGGAAACUCUUGGGUUCCCAGACCCAAUGGAGGCUCUGCACAAUCCGGGCCCAGUGUUGGACCGAAGCAUGAUUCCAAGAAGAGAAAGAACGCUGGCGGCAAUGACGCUGCCAAAAAGAAGCAAAAUACAAGCCUUGAGCUCUCUCUCUUCAAGAAUGAUGCAACCAGGCCAAAGGAUGGGAAAGACAAACCUUCUGGGCCCGAAGUCUUGGGCCACCUAAAAUCAACCUUCGAAUUGGCAUCGCAGGUUCCUGCCUUGAGAUUGGAAGUUGAUGGGUAUGCGGUUGUACUUCAUGUGCACAACUUUUUUGUAGAGAAUGCUGGGUGUCUUACUUUUACUAAUCAAGAUCGCAUCUUCAAUAGAGUAUUAAUCCCAUCAACAAGCAGCAGCGGAGGCGAAAUCUUUAGUGUGAAUGGAAUUAUAUUCACAUUCACCAAUGAAUUGGACAUGCCCGAACUCACUGUGAAGCAGGCAGAAGAAUUUUUCACAUUUGGAGGAGGAGAUCUACAAGCAAAAGGUGACGAUCCAGCCGGCCAAAAAGGAGGUGUCCUCGCUCUUAAAUUCACAUUGAAGGGCCGCGUUUCGCCACCAAGAAUGGUUACAGAUGGUAAAAAUUCGAACAAUACUCGUGCUUUGGAGCUUCAAAGAAUGUUAAAUAAAGGUCCAUUCACUUUUACCUUGGUUCGCAGAUUCGGAAACUACCACGAUGAAUUAGAUGCAUACUGGACACACAGAGUCAGAGUAUGUGCACAGGAAGGAAUAUGGGCUAUGUACAACAAUAUCUUGUCAACCAGAGUGGGCCAAAGAUUCGAGGCAUGGAUCGAAAAUCCAGCAAAAGCACUUCCUCACGAACCUUGGAUGGCAGUAGGAACCCCCGCGGAACAUGAGAUUCAAAGAUACGAGUCGCAUGAAGCCAGAAACAAUUUUGGGUCUAUGGCAGAGUGGGAAAUCGUACUCAGCGCGGCUGUUAUUCAUGACGUCGCAGCCUCGGUCAAGCUGAACGAGCAAUACUACAAUUGGGAUCGAACAUAUGAAGCAAUUGUAAGGUAUGUAAAGAAUGAUUAUGUUCAACUUGAAUUUGAUAUCCCAAGUCGUGGGGAGUUGUCCUUCCCUUCAAUUAGUGGAAGCACUCGAUUUCUCGUUAGAUAUGGGAGAUGCACAACAGCUGAAGACUCUAAUGCCGAGUUAGAGAAUGACGAAGACGAAAUUGAAAAUGGUGAGAUCUUAGAGGAAGAAGAGACUGAAGCCUCUCCAGGUGCUGCUAACAUCACUAAUAGCCAAGAAAGUUCUGAGACUAACCUUAUAGAUAAUGAAAGAGGCGAGCAAUCAAUCUAUGGUUCCAGCGAAGAUAAGGUUGCCGUCCAGGAUGUUGUGAUUGACGGUAUCAACAACGUAGAAUGGACCGCUCAAGUUCUCGUGGCCAAGGAGAAUAAGCAAUUUGUCAUUUCUUUCACCAUGCCUCAAGGUAAGAAAAGAAAAUUUCACGUAGGAAGCAAAGUCGAUGUUCAACUGAAGGUCUUGAAGAAUCACCUUGCUACAACACGACAACUUAAAGCUAUUGGUAUGAUUGCCGAAAAUAAAGCUAAGGACGAUACUUACGGACGAAUUCUCCAAAGAUUUAUACUCGGUGAAGGUAUGGCUGAUGUUAAACAUGAUAUUGAGGAUCACCUCCUUUCUUUGAAAGAAAUCACAUACAACAAACUACCACUACUCAACCAAAAGGUAUACGACCAGUGGCUUGAAAGUUGCAAACUUAACCUUAUGCAGCGAGAAGCAUACGACGCGGUUAUCGAGGAUGUUUUACCAGCUACAAUUAUUCAAGGUCCAUCCGGAACUGGUAAAAGCUUGACCUGCGCUGUUACAUGCAUUGGAAUAGCACAACUUGGCUAUAAAGUGCUCUAUGCCACAUCUACCAAUGCAGCUGCAGAAACCGCAUUGCUCUCGAUCUUCAACGCAACCCAGAAACUAUUCGAAGCUGUCGAUCAUCAAACAAUUGGCAUAAAUCCCGCGCCCAAACUCCAGGCCGAGAUCAAGGAAUCAAAAGAGAACUUCGCUAUCAUCCACUUCCCAGCUAACGCAUCCACAGAAAACGACUUUAUGAAACGAGACGACGAAAGAAAAGAUGACCAAGAAGAUAAUCCCCUCGACGCCUACCGAAUCUCAAAUCACGUCAUAAAAUCUUUCCACCGCAAAGCCAAUAAUCCGGAAGUAAGCAACACCACGCGCACCAAAGCCCGCAACUGGCUCGCGACGCUCCAACGAGUUCGAGAAGGAAAAUCCGUCGCGGCAGAACGAUUCGUCAGAGAAGGAAUCGCCGAAAUGGGAGAAGUUGUUCGGGACACCCAUACCAAGAUCAUCAUCUCCACUUGCAAUAAUUCUGCAGCGCUGCGCGAUAUGGGGUUUCAACCCCAGGUGGUGCUGGUGGAUGAUGCGUCUUGGGCGAGAGAACCGGAUUGUAUCGUCCCGCUUACGUUUGGGCAAGCUCAUGUUGUUUUGUAUGGAGAUGUGGAGAAGAAGGGGGUGUGGCCGGGGGUUAAAUCGUGGGGGAGUAAUGAGUUUGGUGCGCAGUUGUCGAGGAGUCUUUUUGAGAGAUUGGUUGCGCUGGGGAAUAUGGCCGUGGUGAGGUUGGAGUAG